AAAGAAGUUGUAGAGAAAGAUAGAGAGAGAGAGAGAUCGAGAAGGAGAGAAGAAGAGAAGAAGAGAAAGAGAGAGAGAAUGGGUUCUAAGGGAGACAAUGUUGCUGUAUGUAACAUGAAGCUCGAGAGACUUCUCAGCAUGAAAGGUGGCAAAGGACAAGACAGCUAUGCCAAUAACUCUCAAGCUCAGGCGAUGCAUGCACGGUCCAUGCUUCACCUCUUAGAGGAGACACUUGACAAUGUCCACCUAAACUCCUCCGCCAGUCCGCCACCGUUCACGGCGGUCGAUCUUGGCUGCUCCUCCGGGGCAAACACUGUCCACAUCAUCGAUUUCAUAGUCAAACACAUCUCUAAGAGGUUUGAUUUGGCCGGAAUCGACCCGCCGGAGUUCACAGCUUUCUUCUCGGAUCUCCCGAGCAACGACUUCAACACACUUUUUCAGCUUCUUCCACCACUUGUCACCAACUCUUGCAUGGAGGAGUGCCUUGCUGCCGAUGGAAACCGCUCUUACUUCGUCGCUGGUGUUCCCGGAUCGUUUUAUCGGCGACUUUUUCCGGCGAGAACCAUUGACUUUUUCCACUCUGCCUUCUCCUUACAUUGGCUCUCUCAGGUGCCGGAGAGUGUGACGGAUAGGAGAUCGGCGGCGUACAAUAAAGGGAGAGUAUUCAUACACGGAGCCGGAGAGAAGACAACAACGGCGUACAAAAGGCAGUUUCAGGCGGACUUGGCGGAGUUUUUGAGGGCAAGAGCGGCGGAGGUUAAGAGAGGUGGGUCCAUGUUUCUGGUCUGUCUCGGUCGUACCUCUGUGGACCCAACCGACCAGGGUGGUGCCGGUCUUCUCUUCGGCACUCAUUUUCAGGACGCUUGGGACGACCUUGUCCGCGAGGGUUUGGUAGCGGCAGAGAAACGGGAUGGAUUCAAUAUCCCAGUGUACGCACCAAGCUUGCAAGAUUUCAAGGAAGUAGUUGAAGCCAACGGCUCGUUUGCAAUUGAGAAGCUGGUGGUCUACAAAGGAGGGAGUCCACUUGUGGUGAGCGAGCCGGACGACGCAUCUGAGGUCGGUCGUGCCUUCGCUAGUAGUUGUCGGAGUGUGGCAGGAGUUCUUGUGGAAGCUCACAUAGGCGAAGAGCUAAGCAAUGAGCUGUUCUCCCGAAUUGAACGCCGAGCCACUAGCCAUGCUAAAGAUGUCUUGGUGAAUUUGCAGUUCUUCCACAUUGUCGCUUCUUUGUCCUUUACUUAAUUAAUAUCAAAUAAUAUGAAAAAGACUAAUUAUAAGAAACAUAUUCGUGUGCUCUUGUUUUAACUUUUUUUUUUUUUUUUUUUGUCUGUUUCUGUUCGUAGGACCUCUCUUUAAUGUUUAAUAGUUCUCUGUCUUCUUUAUGAAAUGGGGUUUUGAUCAUGUAAAACUAAAAUAGUCAGAAGUCUUUGUACCAAAAAAAAAAACUUUAUAAAAGGAAGCCUUCUGUUCCAAUC